CGCGAGCUCCAGAUGCCAAUGGAGUGGGCACCGCGCUGUCAUAUGGUACUGUCGCCGAUGCUCGAGACAGGGCUGAGGCUUGAGGAGGCUUUGAGACUCAACGGAGGCAACUGUGACGUGAUUUUGCAAUCACAACCGAACCACGACUUGGAAUAACCCAGCUGUGCGUUUGCACCUUUUGCCUUGUGAGCGACGCCGAAUGCACAGGAACAAUGGGAAUGGUCAGAGGUUGCGAUGAGGACGCCAAAUGCCAUGCCGCACACAUGUCCUCCCUAACAUACGAAUCCAGGCUCAAGGCAGGUUAUUGAUUAUGCUUGCGGUGUUCCGGGGUCCGACCGGGUGCCAGACAUUUCAGCAGCAGCCGAGAGUGCAGCGAGGUGGAUGCUGCACGGAGACGCGCCCCCUGAAUCCCUAAACUGAGUUUUGUGGACUGCUUGAGAGUGUGUGUGUGUAUGUGUGUGUGAGGGAGAGAGUGAAAGUGUGUGUGUUUGCACUUCCACAUGGCCUCCAUGCAGGACGGGGUGAACUUCUCUGCUCAUCCCUAUGGCAAAGUACUGCUGCUUGGGGCCAUCGCCGCCGCAUCAGCCUUUGUUGUCACUAUCCUCAUCGUUGUGCUAUGUGUGGGCUGCCAGAGGAAGGGGAAAAUGCACAAUGGCCCUGGGGAGGAGAGAAAACACAGACUCAUGGACAUGAGUAUACUGCGGCAGUCCAAGCUGCGCUCCAUCAGUAAGUCAGACACCAAGCUUCAUGAGAUGAACAGACUCAACUGCAAUGGCAAGAAAUCUUCUAAGAAGAACCGUCCCGCCAGCAUGGAUCUGCUCCUUCUCCCAAGCCGUCGCUCAAAUUCUGACCUGCGUUCUCAGGGCCGCCAGCUGCCUCAGAUCCCCUCCGGUGAGGACGGGGAACACACGUAUGCUGAGGUGGGCCGCCGCUCCUCACCCACACGUGGUUCUGAGGAUGCCCGCUAUGGAGUCGGAGGUAGAGCAGGUGAGACGGACACUCCCGCCCCACCGGCAGUCCCUGCUAAUACCCCAGCUCCUCCUGAUCCUGAUGAGAACUGCAUGGAAGGUGGGAUCCAAGAGGCAGAGACAAUCCCCCAGGUGGUAAACACACCACCUCAACCCCAGGAGACAGUGGAAUAUGCCUGCAUCAGAAAGGUCCGGAGAGUGGACAAAGCAGCCCAGAAGAGGGACAAUGGGACGGAGACAGAGGAGGGGCUCGGACAAGAGCAACGACACAGCAGUGGGGAUAUUCGGAAUGCCCCUCCCACUCAUCCAGCCCCGCCUCCAUCUCACCCACACAGUCAGAAGAUACCUCGAAAAAAUGUGGAGGCCUUCAACCUUCCCUCUUUCCCUAAGGAGGCAGUGUUUAUGGGAAAUGGAGAGCAAUACAUAUGGAAACCUCCGGAAGACGAUGAAAUCAUAUUCCAGCACAAACAGAUAGGUAUUCUGGGCUCUCACACUGGAGAGAACAUGGCAGCACCGGCAGCAGGGAUCACAGAGAUGUAUUCCAAAGUCUGCAAACCAGGCAAAAAGAAGCGAGGCAUGCCUGGCUCGCCCACAGCCGCAAGGGACAUCAGCGGCUUUAGGACCUUGGCGCGGGGUGAUCGCGGUGAGCGUGACGGGGGUUUCAGCGUGGUAGUCAAACCCCAGACCUGGGCCCCGCAGGAGGGCAAAGGCUCGAGAGUGCCUCCUGGCUGCAUGGAGGACCACUGCUAUGAAGCCAUCAGCACAGAGGAGACAGACCUGGCUUACGAGACCAUGGAGGGUGGGGGAGGCUGGAGGCGUGACAGACCUCCACCCAAUGCCAGUGCCACCUUGCGACCCAAGAGGAAGAGGCCCCAGCAGCCUCUGCAACAACCGCCUCCACCCCCUCCACCCCCCCAGCAGACCCCCAAACUGCAGCAUCUCCCAGCCAAAGCCCUGCUGGUUCCUGGGGAGAGCUUGUACGAGAGCAUCCCCGACCUGAAGCAGGGCUCGGCCACCUCCAGCACAACCACCAUCUUUACCUUCAAUGACGGCAUGGAGAUGUAUGUCACUGGCCUGUAGGGGGAGCUUUGGGGAACUUUUCUCAUUGAAAAGAAACAGAGCUUGAAUCUUAAAUGGGGAUAGUGUCAUAACAAAUGGAAUACACGCAAUGCACCACUGCUAUAUAUUUUACAUGGGUUCCAAGUAUUAGUUAAGCAUUACUUGAGUUUUGUAAGACUAGUUAAAGGUCAGUAUUCUGGCAGCACAAAAAUGAUAGAAUGCUUACAUGAAAAUCCGACUAAAUGAUAUCAGUUAAUCACAUGCCUACGUCACGAAGAUGAAAAGUAGUAUUCAGAAUCCUUAACCAGCCACAACAUAUCACCACAGACAACAUAUCACAACAGACAGUAGCAUCAGUGGGGAGUCCUGUAUAGGAAUAUUAUGAAAUCCUUGUUUUUUCGUCAUUGCAUGCUUUAGUUUUUGACAAAGUGACCAUCGGAUAUAUCAAGCGUAUAUUUGAUGCCUAGAAAAUCCCAAAGGAGAAAAAAAUAUGAGCACAAGUCUAUUACAAAAAAAAAAAAAAAAAAAAUAUGUUUGAAGCACAGAUUUUAAUUCCAUUCCUGCGGUUCUCUGCGAGGAGAAAAUUGUAUUUUGAUUUGAUAGUGUUAGCAAAGCAACGUCCCCUAUUUCAAAAAUGAGCUUUCAAGAAGUGGAACUUAUUAUGAAGCCCAUUAAAAAGCUAUUGCCAAGCAAAAUAUGAUAUAUUGACAAAAAGCCCAUAUUUAAUGUGUUCAUAGAUAAGUGGAUCCUAUUUAUCUAUUAUCUAUAAGAUUUAGAAAAUACAUGGCCCUAUUUUUGUAAUGUCAAAGCCUCUAUUUCUGUAAAAAAGGAAUCAAUCAAACGUUCUAAUUUGAUGGGUCAAGCAGUUCUAGUAAAUAAGGGAAGUAUAUUCUUAUGAAGCACAAGUGUAGCAUGCUUAGCAUGUUGUUUGUCAAAGACAGUCCCCUUAUGAAAUUAAAAUAGCAAAUUUAAAAUUAGUUCAUAUUUAUAGAUGGUUAAAUAUCAAAAAAGAAAGAUUACAGAAAGUAUUAGCAAAAGCUCAGGGACUGUGAAAAGCUGAUUAAAUAACUGUGCACAAAAAUGUUAUGACAUUUGACCGGAGACCCCAAUGUCUUUUCGUGUUAUUUUAUGUUUUGGUCAUAACAUCAAUUCAAACUUUCACGACCACAGCACUUUGAUGCAGUAAAAGUAAGUGUUUUUUCUUUGUCAAUACUCUUUAUGCACUUUGCCUGACAAAAAAAAGAUGCAUGCUUUCAAGAAAAAGAUACCCUUGCAAAAGGGCAAAAAAGAAAAGAAAAAAAGAGAAAAACUAGCACUGUUGUGUGGUAUCAGAGAAUGGUUAAUUUCUUGCUGUUGUCGGUGGUUUGUUUGAUUUCUAUGCCUUUUUCUUCACCUAAGAAAGAGCACAAAGUGAUUCGCUACAAAACGGGGAGACCAAUGAGGACUCAUGGACUCUCUAUUCUUAGAAAAUAUAACAUAAUUGGUGAGAAGAAAUGUAUCACAGACAUUCCCUUUACCCUCUGUCAUUACAGUUGCAAAUAGGAGAUCCAGGUGUCACACCUAUUCUUUAAAUAAAGAGGGUGCUGGUGGAUGAAAAUAAGGUAGAAUCAAAAUACAUUUAAUUGUGGCAAAAAUCUCCUGUGUGUUAUAUGGAUAUAGGUGGAGAUUAAACAAUUGGCACAAUGACUGAGCAAUUUGAAUUUGUGUAUGAUGCCCUGUAAUGAGUUUACUGGCGGGUUGGAUCAAAGUGUUUUGAGGUUUUUGAUAAGACAGUGACAAGUUUCACCAGUGGACAAUGUUAAACAAUAUUUGAUCUAUAGCACAUCUCCAUGGACUACAGCUGCUCUCUCUUGGUGUUUUAGAAUCUGAUACUAAUGCGAUCUGGAUUAAAUUAUCCCAAAUGGCUCGAGCACAUAUAAAGGGGCUCAGGUCAACCAGAUAUAAUCAAACUGCUUCUCUGAAUCAAGCCCUGAGUUGCUAUCAAAUGUCAGUGCAGUGUUGUAAAUGUAAAUAUGCUACAAACAAGUGAAGAAGAAAAUGCAGAAAAGAUGGGGAGGGAAUUUGCUAUUGGUGUUCCUGAAAGUAUUUGUUUCAUUCUGAUUGUCCUUUUGGAAUGAUUUUUUCCCUGGUGAAAAAUGAUUUUGGCAGUAUCUCUGUGAGUUUUGGUUAUGUGCUUUGGGAUUCUUUUUUUAUUUUUCUCAUCAUUUUAGCUAUACUGUGUAUCUCAAAGACCAGUUGAGUUUAGUGUGGCAGCUAAUGUUGUGCGUUUGCUUAUCAAACAACAGGGUGGUGUGUAUUAAAGCUGUGUAAUUAAGUACUAAUGUGCAAAAGAUUGUAAUGUUUUUUAUAUCAAAAUGACUAUUCAUAAAAAUGUCGGGUCAAGUUUAUACUUUUUUAAUAAAGUAGCA